UUCUUCAGUACGUUUUUAACCGUUGUACACGUAUACGCUCCGUCUCUAAAAAUUUUAGUGAGUUUAAAAUUUUUACAAGUGUUUAAACAUUUUAUUAUUUUUCUUUUCGUUUUCAUUUUAAAUAUGUUUAAAUGCGAGCAGUGCCCGUCGGUUUUCACACUUAAAGGUAAUUUGACAGCUCACCAAAAAAAACAUGACGGAGUUCGUUUUCCAUGUACUGUUUGUGCGUCAACAUUCACUCUCAAAACCAACUUGAACAAACACAUGAAAAAUAUGCAUGGUAUUGUACCAGCUCAUCGUCAACCCUAUGCGCAGCUCAACCAACCGGUUGCAUCGAUCGAUGUUCAACCAGUACGACAGAGUGUCAUAAAGUUCGCGCCACGCAUUGCUCCACAGGGAGGCAUACAGAUUGGCCCUCAAAUUUUCGUCCCCGAUAUCCCGGCUGGUGGCUCGAACAUGGUAUCCGAGGACGAGAUUUGCAUGGCAGCUAUGGACGAAUUUGAAAAAGUUCAAGACGAUAAUACAGACACUUAUACAACUACGGGCGUAAACGGUAAACGAGUUUCCACCGCCAACACUACUUCGGGUGCUAGAGCGAAAAAGACGCGGAUGAGUCUCGUGCAGUCACCAGGCUUCGUCGAAAUUUCGUCGUCGGGUGGUAGGAAAAUUGUAUGGUACUAUGCUCGAAAUAUCAAUAAAAAUGAAAAAUAUACGGACUUUCUCAACUCACACGAAGCAGCUCUGUGCAAAUUAUUGGAAACGCGUGUCCAGGAGGGCCCUAUCAAAUUUAAUUUGAAACUUGAAGGGACUUAUAGCCGACCUAACGUUGAAAACUCGUCAGAGAAUAGGGCGUUCAAGACCUCAGCAGUAGAAGUUUUUUUGGAAACCGAUGUCAAACAGGUCGUGGAGGCGUCAUAUAUAAAGUUGUUGGGUGAAGAAGAGGUAUACCGGGGUAGAGGUAGCGGUUUCAGACUGGACACUAUCGAUGGGUUAUUGUUGGCUAUAUAUAAAUAUACACCUAUGAGUGCCUCGUCGUAUAUCGAGUUACCUAAAUCUAUUGAGGGGAGACGUGCUACCAUCAACCCCAAAAACAAUGACCAACAGUGUUUUAAGUGGGCCAUUCUCGCGAGACAUGUGACAGGACUUGCCCCGGGGCGUGUCGGGGGAAAUUAUAGACAGCAAGAGGGGAGGUAUAAUUUUGAUGGUAUCACCUUCCCGACACCUAUGGCGGAUAUAAAGAUUUUUGAGAAGAAUAACCGGGGUGUCUCUGUAAACGUGUAUGGUCUCAGUCUUAAAACCAAAAAUCAAAAAUUUCCAAAAUACGAGGUGUUUCCGUUACGCGUUGUUGACGAUGAGAAACCAAAACAUUUUGAUCUGUUGUUCAUCAGUAACCCUAGCGGGGCACAUUAUGUAUAUAUAUCGAAUUUCUCGAGGCUCGUAUCCCCGCAGAAGAAUAGACAUAACGGUCAACAAUUUUUUUGUAAACGGUGUUUUAUCAGUUUUGAUAAACAAAGCUUAAAAUAUAAACUGAACGGAGAGGCGGCCCUAGAAAAACAUAAGUUAAUUUGCGGUUCACAUAAACCCAUCUUACCUGAGAUGUCUAGCGGGGAAUGUACAAAGUUUGAGGCCUGGAGGAGCACACAGAGACACCCCAUUGUAAUAUACGCGGACUUCGAGGCCUUGCUAGUCAAGGUUGACGAGAAGAAAGGUGUAAACACGGCAAUUGUACAGAGACAUGAGGCUAUGAGUUAUGGGUUCGUAGUUAAGGCGAGUGAUGAUGUCCCACUCGAGCUAUUAAUCGAGCACGGUAUAACUACAGACCCGGUAAUAUACAGAGGCAGCGAGGAUCGACCGGACGUGGCUUCUCAUUUUGUCGAGGAAAUAGUUGAAAUUAGUAGAAAGAUAGAGACCUUUUUAAAGACGAAUACCCCCAUAAUUAUGAGUGAUGAGCAAGAAAAAACACAUCAAGAGUGUACAACAUGUAAUUUAUGUAAGUGCAAUAUAGUGGGGGUUGAUAAAGUUAGAGAUCAUGAUCAUUUAUCGGGCAAAUUUAGGCAAACUCUAUGUUCUAAGUGUAAUUUAGCAUUACAGCAACCUAAAUUUGUACCGGUAUUUUUCCAUAAUCUGUCAAACUACGACUCACACUAUAUAAUUUCUCAACUGGGAACUUCUGGACAACCAGUAAAACUAUUAGCUAAUUAUUUUCCCAUUAAAACUUAUACGAAUUGGUGUUUGUACCAAUAUCGAGUUGAUUUCAAUCCUGAAGAAGAUAGAAUCGGUAUUAAAAGAGGGUUAUUAGCUCAGCAUCGAGAACGUUUAGGCGGAUAUUUAUUUGAUGGAACGAUGUUAUUUUCUGGAAAGCGAUUUGAUCCAUCGACUUUCGAACUUACAUGUAAGCGUCUAUCAGACGAUAAAAUUGUCAUAAUUACAAUAAAAUUCACAAAUGUAAUAGAAACUGGUGAUUAUGCUAAUAUUCAAGUUUUCAACUUGCUCUUGCGCAAUUGUUUAAGACAUCUCAAACUAACGAUGAUUGGAAGAAAUUUUUAUGAUCCAAAUGCAAAAAUUGAUAUUAUUCAACAUAAACUUCAACUUUGGCCGGGCUAUGUUACAACCAUUGGCCGGUUUGAAGAAAACAUUUUAUUAUGCGUUGAAAUAUCUACAAAAGUCAUGCGUCAAGAAACUGUAUACGAUUUUUUUAAAGAGUGUGCUGCUAAUAAGGACGGUGAUUGGAUGAUACGCUUUAAAAGUAAUAUUAUUGGUACUACAGUGAUGACCAAAUACAACAACAAAACAUACAAAAUUGAUGACAUAGAUGAAAAUUCUGAACCUAAUUCUACAUUUAGUAAAAAGGAUGGAUCAAAAAUUACUUUUGUGCAAUAUUACAAAGAAAAAUGGAACAUGACAAUUCGUGGUGGAAGGCAACCAAUGUUGGUUUCCAAAAAUAAAAAGUCAAUAAGAAAGUUUGGAGUUGAAGAUACAUUGGUUUAUCUAAUUCCAGAAUUGUGCAUUAUGACUGGUAUCACUGAUGUUAUGAGAAGAAAUUUUAAGCUUAUGCAAGAUAUAGCUAUGUAUACACGUACAAAUCCUAAAGAACGCAUAACAAGAUUAACACAUUUUGCAAAUCGUCUUCUUUCUACACCUGAGUCUGUAACUGAACUGAAAAAGUGGAAUCUUACAUUAAGUAACAGGCUAAUUGAAAUUACUGGUCGUACAUUACCACCAGAACCAAUUCGAAGUCGAACUAAAGAAUACAAUGGUGGUGUAGAAGCUGAUUGGACAAGGAAUUUACGCACAUUACCAAUGUUCACCUCUGCAACUAUAAAACAUUGGGUUAUUUUAGCACCUAAGGACAGUAUUCUAAAAGUUGAAGCUUUUGCUCAAAGUCUUUCAAUGGCUAGUAAAGGAAUGGGAUUUAUACUGCCCAGGAGUGUUAUAUUUCCCAUGGCUGAUGGAAAAUCAGAUACAUUUUUAAAUAUCUUGGAAAAAGUAAUUAAUGAGUCAAAUCCAUCAUUAAUUCUAUGUGUUAUCCCAUCCCCACGUAGUGAUAUUUAUAGUAUGAUUAAACGAAAAUUAUGUAUUGAUAGAGCAGUGCCAUCACAAGUAGUACUGUUAAAAAAUGUACAAAAGAACAAUAUGUCUAUAAAUACAAAAAUUGCAAUUCAACUCAAUUGUAAACUUGGAGGUGCCCCUUGGCUAGUUACUAUUCCCAAAAAAGGGAUGAUGAUCGUUGGUUUUGAUGUGACUCAUGACAUUCAACGAAAAAAUAUAUCAUUUGGAGCUUUAGUAUCAACCAUGAAUGAUGCUCAUACAAGUUACUUCAGUUGUGUGGAAGCUCAUGCAAGUGGUGAGGAACUUUCUGUUCAUUUUGCAACUGGCAUAAGUAAGGCAUUAGCCAAGUAUCGGAGUAAAAAUAAAGCAUUACCUACUUCCAUUAUUGUAUACAGAGAUGGUGUCGGAGAAGGCCAAAUAUCAUAUGUACAAAAAACAGAAAUCAAACUUCUGAAAACAACUUGUGAACAAUUUUACGGUGAAAGUUCUGUCCCAUUUACAUUUGUCAUUGUAACUAAACGUAUCAAUACAAGAUUUUUUGCUGUCAAUAAUAAAGGCUCUGAAAAUCCUCCACCUGGUACAAUUAUUGAUACUGUUGUCACAGACCCAACCAAGUAUGAUUUCUUCUUGGUUUCACAAAAUGUAAGACAGAGUACUGUAACUCCUACACAUUAUCAGGUAAUUGAAGACACACUUAAACUUUCUCCUGAUAGAUUACAAAGACUUACAUUCAAGUUGACUCAUAUGUACUACAAUUGGUCGGGUACUAUACGAGUUCCUGCUCCAUGUCAGUUGGCUCAUAAGUUGGCAUUACUUACUGGCCAAAGUCUCAAACGUUCUCCCAACAUUGGAUUGGACGAAUUGUUAUACUUUCUUUAA